CAAUAUCUAACCAGACGACCCCUGCGAGCGACAGAAAAGGGCAAUGGUUGUGAGAUGAAAUGGUCAGCAGAUGACACGUCUCCUUCACCAACACCCACAUCAUUUUGAACGAUUCUCUCUCUCCCUCUCCCUCUCUCUCUCUCUCUCUCUCUGAAGCUCCGCGCUUAUGAGUUAGCACCUUAUGAUUCGCCGUUGAUUCUCUCCUCCCAAUAGUUCAGACACAAUGGUGACGAUACAGAUGGCUCAUGCAGGGGAAGAGGUGAAAGGAGACGAUGAAUCCAUACAGAAAGACGGCUAGCUACCUGCACAAGGCAAUCGUGUUUCUCAGGCUUAAGAGCAGAGUAUGGAUGAGUUGCCAGGCACGCUGGGCACACCCGGAAGCCUCUCCCUUAGGCUCGGCCAGACCCUCUUCUCCGCAGCAGCCCUCCUCCUCAUGUCCGUCGGCGUCCAGUCCUCUCGUUACACCGUUUUCCGCUACCUGGUGACGAUCGUGUCUCUUACGAUCUUUUGGAGCUUUGCACUUGCAGUCAUCGACUUGUUUACAAUGGUUACGGGAUGUAAGAACCUUAGACAAAGAGGUUUCAUGAUAAUUAUAGCCAUUGGCGAUUGGGUCCUAUCACUGCUUUCCCUAUCGGCACCAUGCUCAUCAGCAGGAGUUGCAGAUUUCCUCCUCCUCAAUGGUGCACCUCUCUGUCCUCCAAAGAAUUGUAGCAAUGGUAGAUACCAGCUUUCUGCUGCAAUGGCCUUCUUGUCCUGGUUUCUGAUUUUAGUCUCUUCUCUUGUAAAUUUCUGGAUGUUGGCUUCCCUGUAAGACAUUACACGACCACGUAGCAUCAAGGUUCGACGUAAGAUUGAUCAUUUUGCCCUCAUGCAUUCCAUGAGAGAGCCACUGCUUAUCAUGUAAACAAUAGUUUUUGUGGAUGUC